GGCUUCCUCACGGCCCUUCUUGCACGGGCUGAACACGGCGACGUGUGAAAAGCGCUUCGCACAGCGCCGGCCCCGCGAGCCUUGAACUUGAGGUAGACCAAGGGGAGUGCUGGUGAAUGAAUGACCCUUCUCAUGCGACCCUCCUAGCAAUUCCGGGAGGUAGGCAGGACAAAAAUAACUCACUCCAAGCUCCACUGCUUCAAACACAACCUCGACCAGAGCGGAUCGGACGCGUGUGUAAGGAUGGGCACUCGCGUCAGCCUCCAGCACAGUCAUCAGCCUCCAUGGGGACACUCCCGUCCACACAGGCAGUGAGCACCCCGGGUGCACGGUGGAAGCCGCAUCUCCGGGAGCAUCAGGGAGGAGGUUGCAUCUAUCCGUGGAGAGGAAGGGGGUCCGGACUCAGUGAAACGAUCCCACUUCUGGGAAGCGAGGCUCUCCAUCCCCGGCGGCACCCGGUAGGCAGCAGCCACAGCACCCUGCUCCACAGUCCGCGCUCACUGUCCGAUCUGUUUUACACCAGCCCCGUGGAGUGGGUCCUCGCACAACCCCGGUUCACAGAGGAGGAACCACAGCCGGAAGCACGUAUCAUGACCGAACGUAGCUUCGCACACACUCCUCUGCACAUCCAUCUCCCGCCCGCUCCGCCAGAAGACCGGCCCCACACAAGCGAAGACGUGCUCGUGCGUCUCACGGCGGCAGCCUUGGUGCCGACACGACGCCGGCACCCAGCAAGGACUCGGAAACCGUCGGCUGGGUGAACGAGUGAAUGAGUCCUGCCUCUCUCCUUAUUACCGUGAUGCUCAGCCUUUUCCAGCUCCAGGCACACACACACACACACUAAUGACUAAAAUUCUGCAGCGCACCGAAAAACGUUUCAUAGAUUUUGCUGAUCGGACCAAAAAAAAAAGUGGGUAAAAUUUUGAUUCAAUCACACCCGGCGGCCGUUGUUGUGUUGGCUGUUGUCAUUUUUUAUGUGACAGCCUAAGGGAAAGGAGGUCAGUGCCCCUGACUAAAGGGUCAGGUGUGGCCUGUUUUAAAAAACGCUUGCAGAGCCCUGGCUGGCAUAGCUCAGUGGAUUGAGCAUGGGCUGCGAA